AUGCAAGCUACCCCUCUACCGGUUAAUUUCCUUUCACCCUGGGAGGAUGAAGAUCAUCCUGAGAACUUCAUUCCAGGCCCAGAGGACCAGUAUCAACCUGAAAGCAAUCUAGAAUCUUGCGAGGAGGAUCAUCCUGAAAAUAUUCCACCACCACAGGAGAGAAUUCAACACGGUGGCCACGAUUUGGAAGUUUUGGGCCAACGAAGUAAUCUGUACCAAGAAAUAAUCUCAGAGCAUCUGCAAACUAGAAAGUACCAAAAACUUGCUAAGCAAGAUGAAGAUCAAGAUGAGGUGGAUGAACUAUGCGUAAUAUGCCAAGAUGGAUUUGAAAGCGAAGACAUGUUGGGAACUCUAGGAUGCCAACACGAGUUCCAUGCGGAUUGUAUCACCAGAUGCUUGCAAGUGAAGAAUGUCUGCCCAAUCUGCAAGCGCAUGGCAGUUCACCAUCAAGGAAACUGUUGGGAUAUGCAACUUUUCCUACAUAUUUUGCUAGAUUAUGUUUGA